AUGGCGACAGAGCGCGGACGCCAGUGGACCCAGGCCCGCGGCGCGUAUGCCGCGAGCGAGGCGUUGCGGCGCGGCGCCGGCCGCCAGCGGGACCCCACGGCGCAGUCCAAUGGGCCGGGCCCCGAGGACGUCCGGGCUCCGGGCCGCCUGGCCCGACUGCGAGGCCAGCUGCGGGCGGAGGCGGCGGCGCGGCUCGAGGCACCGCGGCUGCUGCGCCUGGUGGAGCGCGCAGAGGCCGCGCGGGCCGAGGAGGGCCCCGGCGAGAGGGCCGAGACGCGUAGCGGCGGCUCAGUGUGCUCCGUGUGCGGCGAGCCGCGCGGCGGGGCCACCUACCCGGCGGGCGUCCUGGAGGUGAGCGAGCAGCGGCUGCAGGAGGGGCUGGCGGCCGUGCGUGCCGAGCUUGGCGCGGGGCUCGAGGCGCUGCGGGCGGAGCUUCGCACCGAGCUGGACGCGCUACGCGCGCUGCUGCCACCCGCGCCGCCGCAGCCUGCGCCCGCCGCCGCGCGCCGCGAGCCCCGCGCCCCCGCAGCCACAGCAGCCAGCACCGCCGCCCCGCGCGGGGCGCCCCGCGGCGCGGUCCUGCUGCGGGCGCUCGGCACCGUGAACGCUCUGGCGGUGGCCUCGAGGUCCACGGAAAACGGCCCCGAUGGCCCCGCGGACGGCGCCGCGAACCGAGCCUCGACCCGCAAGAGCCUCAAGAAGACUCCAGUGCUAGGUGGCGCGGACUGA